CAAUUUUCAUUUUCAGCUCACUUAAUUUUGCGCUGAUUUUACGACGCACUACAUUUGGAUGUUCACGUCACUCGAACCAGCACUGCUAUUUUCCUUGAGCGUGAUAACCAUAGCGGACGACUCUUGCUGGUCAGAAUGCUUCCAGGAGCGAAUGCCUCAAUGUGGCGUAUGGUUGAUGAAAGAGACGAAUCCAGAUGUAGCUGGCACUUACGAGCUCAAUCGUGGAAUGGUCAACAUGUCAUGCGAAUUCUCGUCGUUACCCGAGCCGGCAUCGGUCACUUGGCUCCAUAAAGCACCGAACUCGAUCAGUUGGGUAGACUUUGCCUGCUCUACGAAAGAUGAGACGAAACAAUGCAGAGAAGCCGAACAUAGAGUGACGUCUCGCUGCUUACUACGCACGAAUUCUCUAAUGAUGACGGGCACGUACAGAUGUCAAGCAACGACGUCCGAACAAAAGAGUAAAGCGAUUAGCUCCGAAUUUAAUGUCAAUGUGGUUGGUAUCGAAAAAGUCGCCGUGCUUCAUUACCACUUACCGUUUGGUAAACUCGGUUACAUAGAGGCUGAGGUUUGCGCAAAUCCAAAGCCAGAGAUAUUCUGGUUGACUUCAGAUGCCAUUGUUCGGCCGCAUACUGGAGGUAACACAUUGGUGUCUGCUACUCACUUGCAUCCUAAGAAGACACGUCGCUUUCAUGACGGACCAGCCACGAUUGUACCAUACUGCUACACAUCACGAUUGCUGAUUCGAAAUGUAACGCGUGAUGAGACAUUUCAACUCCUCGUCAAAGGAGAAGCUGAGUCGAAAACAGUCGAUCUAAGAGUUCUAGUCUCCGAACUUCCAUCAAUAUCUACCAUUUGCCUUCAUCUCACUUCCAUCAUUAUGACUUUCGUAAUUUCUGCAUUCUUGUAGGUCAGCACUACUCUGUUACUAAUUUGUUGUCUUACUUGGAUUGUCUGGUCUAAGAUUUGAGUCUUCAGGAGCUGCGUACGCUCCAACAAAACCGCAUGCAAGUGCUCAGGCACACUUCACUUACUGUUUCCCCAUAAGAUCUCUUAGUAGACUAGACGCAUGAGCUGAAUAUAGAAAAGUGAAG